AGAAAAAAAAUAAAAAUAAAAAACAAGAAGCCAAGAAACUAGAAACUAGAAAGUAUCGAGUAACAACAAAAAGUCGCACAAUUUUUCUUGGGUUUUCUCGGAAAGAUCUCUCCCUACGUAUUUUCUCGGGAAACUACCAAAUUUCUCAGACUCUCCGCACCAUAGUUUCUUCUUUAUACAUCUACCUCCCUCUUGUACGAACAAAGUUUCUGUUAUUUGUUGUUUUUCUUUGUCCUUGCUUUCUAGAAACUUGUAGAGACUUUAGAGAAAGAUGAUGAUGAUGCCGUCGUCUUCUUCUUCUUCAUCGUCUUCUUCAGCCACUGUACGAGUGGAGAAGGCGACAAGCGAAUUUUUGAUCGGGCCAGAUUGGACUAUGAACAUCGAUAUCUGUGAUACCAUCAAUACCAAUCAUUGGCUAGCAAAAGAUAUUGUCAAAGCUCUGAAGAAAAGGUUGCAGCAUAAAAACCCUAAAGUUCAACUACUUGCCUUGACGCUCCUGGAGACCAUGGUGAAGAACUGUGGUGAUUAUGUGCAUUCUCAAAUUGCUGAGAGGACUAUUCUGCAAGAUAUGAUCAAAAUUGUUAAGAAAAAGACAGAUAUGCAUGUAAGGGAUAAAAUCUUGGCACUGCUAGAUUCUUGGCAAGAAGCAUUUGGUGGUCCUGGUGGAAAGUAUCCUCAGUACUACUGGGCUUAUGAGGAACUGAGGCGUUUUGGAGUAGAGUUUCCCCAGCGUUCAUCUGAUUCAGCUCCAAUAUUUACGCCACCUGUGACCCACCAAACUCUCCGACAUGCUCAACCAGGUUAUGGAAUGCCAAGCAAUUCUUCAACUCGGCUUGAUGAAGCCAUGGCAGCUGACAUGGAGAGUUUAAGUUUCUCAAGCAUUAAUUCCAUGCGAUAUGCUCUGGAUCUCUUAGCUGACAUGCUGCAAGCUGUGAAUCCUAGUGACCGUAUGGCUGUGAAAGAUGAAGUUAUUGUCGAUCUUGUUGACCAAUGUCGUGCCAACCAGAAGAAGCUGAUGCAGAUGUUAGCUACAACCAUGGAUGAAGAACUUCUUGGUCAAGGUCUUGAAUUAAAUGAUAUGCUGCAAAGUGUCCUCGGAAAACACGAUGCUAUAGUUUCUGGUGCACCCCUACCGAUACAAGUAACAAAUUUAAACCCCCGGUCAGCUGACGUACGUGACUCAAGUGUUAAACCUACUGAUGUCAGCAGCCCAGCACUGAAGGCUGUCCCAUCUGCACCAGUUGUUCCUAUGCCAAGGGGCCAGGCUGAGGAAGAGGAUGAGGAGGAAGAUGACUUUGCACAGCUGGCGAGAAGGCAUUCCAAAACACGGUCCCCUACUUCUCUGAACACGUUUACAGGAACCAGUGGAGUUAUCUCAGUGAACACUAGCAGCAAUAUGUCGUCUACAUCAGCAUCCCCAGCCCCAGCUUUGAGCAAUGCAUUAGUGCUGGCUGAUCCACCUGCACCUGUUAGGACCACGAAAGAGCAAGAUAUAAUAGACCUUUUGAGUAUUACCUUGUCGACAACUCCAGCUUCUCUUCACACCUCACAAACUCCAGCUUCUCCUCACACUUCACAAACUCCAGAUGACUCUACACAAAACAUGCAUAGGUCACCUGUUUCUACGACUACCCAAGGAUAUCCAAAUACUUUCCAGACAUAUGGUGGAAACCAGGGGCAGAUAGCUUUCAACAGCUAUGUUGUUCCCUGGGCACAGCCUCAGCCUCAGCCUCAGCCAAAAGGCCCAACUCAACCGCUACCACAGCCUGAAACUCAACAUCCCCAGUAUUCAUCUGGAUACCCCGCUCCACCAUGGGCAGCAACUCCUGGGUAUUACAAUAGCCAGAAUCCUAUACCUACAUAUCCUUAUGCAUAUCCAACUCCACGAACCACAGCUACAUCACAAAUGCAAUUGCAAGCGACCAGUCCAUUGCAGCAUGUCAACUCAUUUCCUGCAAGAGGAAGCAAUGGAUCAGCUAUCAAUGGAGGUCCACAGGUGGGCUCCAGCCCUAGGACGACUGGCCCUGCAGCAGGACACAAACCCUUCAUCCCUUCCUACAGAUUAUUUGAGGAUCUUAACGUCCUUGGCAGUGCGGAUGCAACCUUCAAGAAGACAAGCAAUACAUCUCCAAGCUUAUCAGAAACAAGGUUAUCAGGAACUAAUAACCAAAGUAUGGUGGGUGGAAGGAAGUGAAUUUCUUCAUUGCACAAUUAUAUGAGAGCUCAUUUUCCACGUACAGAUACAGUAGAAAUUUCAUGCAGGAAGUGGUAGUUGUCAGUUAUGUUGUAUAUCUGUUUUUUGUCCAGUUUUCUUGUAUUUAUUUUAGAUAGAUACUAUACUUUCAGGUUUGCCAUGGCUAUCUUCAUUUGUGUAGUCCAUGCCACUAUUUGGCAUUUGAAUUUGAAGACUCCCAAUUCUACGCAUUUGGUUUGCUUGUGAUUGUCAAUGUCUCUGUUGAUCCUC